AUGUCAGAGUUUUCAGAGGACGAUAUUCAAUCUUACCUCAAUAUAAUCGUUGAUAAUAAUAUACCAAUUGAAAGUGACUCUGAUGGUGUUCCUACAAUGCAAAGCGCCGAGGUAGAUCACUCAAAAGGGCUUGAUAACUCUGGAUUCGCAACAAAUGGCUCCUUCAAUUCUUCUAUUCACAACGGUUCAGAGCAAACCAUCAACCCUGCCCAUAUGCAUCAUGAUACCUCAAUCCUAACUGCUCUCACUACGAGCAGUACCUUUGGGGAAAAUAUUAUCGGCCUAACUUUUGAUAAUGAUUAUAUUGCUACUGGUGAAGAAACAAGCUACCCCGGUUAUGAGAUUGCCCAUAAUGAUGUUUUUGACAAUUUCCUUGGUAAUAUUGAUGACAAAUUUCCCAUUGAUGAAUAUUCUGAAAAUGAAAAGGCAAUGUUUCAUGCUCCUAUCAAAAAUACUACUCCUGUUGUUGAUGACUGUGAUAAGAGAAAAAUUAACAACAAGCCCAUCGACAAAAUUGUGAUAGGGUCAAACCUGGGAUCCAAAUCCAAUUCAAUAGCCAAAUCUAAAAUUUCAGGAAGGAUUACAAAGGCAGCCACUAAAAAAUAUAGAUCUCGGAAUCCACUUUCUAGUUUUGAUUCGAACAAGCUCAAUAUUAUGAAGAAAAAGAAAAAUAAGGCUGAUGAUUCAAAGAGAGCUUCGAUUGUGAAAGAGAAUUUUAGUUCGGAGGUCUCAUCUGAUAAGAUGCUAAAAAUUAAAAUGGAGGAGGAAGUACCUCAAAUUGAUGCUGAUGAAAAAAGAUUAAUGAAUCCCCCACUCAAUAACCCAUCUGAUAAGAUUAUCCAGAAAAAUGCUUCUAAUAUUAAUGAAUAUCAUAGUUUUUCUGUAAUUGACUACAGGACAUCUAAAACUGAACCGGCUUUCAAAAGCUUUGAUAGAUCUUGUCACAGAAGAUAUUCUGGUCGGGUUAGAAAGCCAGUGGUAUUUUUUGAUCCUUCUGAAGAACAAUCUAGGGCAUUCAGAUCUUCUUCUAUAAGGUCUUUGUCUAAUAAUACUAUCAAAAAAUUUUCUGAAAACAGUAAUACUGAUCUUACUACUUCUCGCUCAGAGUCUCAAUCUCGUAUUAGACAAAAAGCUGAGCGUUCAAAGAAUGGUUGUUGGACUUGUCGUGUUCGUCGCAAGAAGUGUCCUGAAGGAAAACCUGCUUGUAAUCAAUGCCUACGACUAGGCCUGCUAUGCGAUGGAUACAGUGAAGAGCGACCAAGAUUUAUGUUUGAUAAGAUUGCCCAAGCCAAGAAAUUGAAAGAAAUCAGGCAACAAACUGAUAAGUUCAGAAUGGCAAGAAUCAAGAGGCUACAUGAAUCUGUCCGAAAGAAAUCUAGGAAUAUCACUGAGGUCUGA